AUGCAGAAAAUUUCAUCCCGCAGAAAAAAUGGAAGCAAUAAAGAAUAUGAGCUCUUCAGUCUUCGGCAAAGGCGAAGCCAAGGAAGCCACGCAGGAGGACAAGGUGCAGACCUUAAAGGACAAGAGUGUCGAGACCGCGGAGGCCGUCAAGGAGGUGAGUGGAGGCGCGGUGCAGACCACAAAGGAGAAGACCUUUGAGAUGGGUGAGAACGCUAAGGAAGUGGCUGGAGGAGCGAAAGACAAGAGUUGCGAGACGGCUGAGGCGGCUAAGGAAGGGACUGGAGGAGUGUUGCAAUCUGCUAAGGAAAAGACUGGGGAGGUUUUGACAUCGGCUGGGGAACAAGUGAAGGUCACAGCUCAGGGAGCCACUGAUGCUGUCAAAAACACUUUCGCUUAAUUUUUAUAUCUCAUGAAUGUUGGUUCAUCAUGUCUGAUUCUGAUGCCUUGUUAAUUUAUGAUGUAACACAAAUUUUAUUUUAAUUUCUAAUUGUGCUGCUCAGA